ACCUAUCUUUGCUCACAGAGCUAUACUUAGAAGAGAAAAAGAAAGGGGGCAGUCUCUCUAUCCCAUGCCUCGCUUUCUGCUCUGCAUCACUUUCAGACAUCUGGAAUCCAAACUUUCAGAUCUAAAGGUGAUUUCCCCCCCUGGAUUUCAGCACUGGUCCAUUUCAGGGUUCUCUGAAUGGUACCACUAGAGGUGCUGACCAUGGAGCCUUCCAACAAUUAUACCGUGUCAUCUAACUACACUAUGUUUAACAAAUUUGUCCAUCUGGAUGGAGAACUAUCAGAUAAAUUUUAUACCUUGUGGGUAGUCCUAGUGGUGAUCAAUGCCAUAAUCUUCCUGAUGGGUGUGACGUUGAACUCUUUAGCGCUCUACGUCUUCUGCUUCCGCACAAAGACAAAAACCACGUCAGUCAUCUACACAAUCAACCUCAUCAUCACCGAUUUGCUGGUGGGCUUCUCUUUGCCUGUCCGGUUCAUUGUGCACUACAGUGCCAAGAACUGCCAGACCUGUGCCCUUGUUCACAUUUUCACCUAUUUUGUCAACAUGUACUGUAGCAUCCUCUUCCUGACUUGCAUCUGCAUUGACCGGUACCUGGCCAUUGUCCAGGUAGAUGCCUCACGCAAGUGGAGGAAUCCCAACUACGCCAAAGGUAUCUGUGCAUUCAUCUGGACCUUUGCCACCGUGCUCACCUUCUCCAUCCUCAUCCUGGCCAUGAAGUUCUCCUACUGCUGCAUUGCCCAGAUCUUGCCCUUGAUGGUCUGCGAGUACGUCUUCCCCCUGAUCAUCAUCACGUUCUUCACCACCAGAAUCAUGUGCGCCCUUUCCAAGCCCACUCUCAUGCACCAGAGCCGGGAGAGACGGAUGCGAGCUGUGCAGCUCCUCAUCACGGUCCUCAUCAUCUUCAUGAUCUGCUUCACUCCCUUCCACGUGCGCCAGCUUGCCAUUGCCAUCAACCCGGCCAUGUCAUACAACCUCAGCCUGGUUGUUUAUCAUGUGACUGUCACCUUAAGCAGCCUCAACAGUUGCAUGGAUCCCAUCGUCUACUGUUUUGUCACCAACAACUUUCAGUCCACCAUGAAAAACAUCUUCAGGAAGUCAGAACUUGACCAAACCAGCGGGGAGGUCAUCAGCGUAAACAAGGUGUCCGGCUCAAAUGCAAUUAUGGCAUUUGCAAAUGCUAUUGGGAACCCCCUGGGCUUGUCUUCUCCUAACAACACCACAAACUCCUAGACUUGGGAGGACUAAGAGGAUAUAAAUGAUAACUAUUCCCUUUUCUACAAUUGUUUUUGAACAUCAUAGCAGGGUUUCAGAGUUUUUCAAGCUCUCUAAUGACACACUCCGCUUAUUUAUGGCAGCUGGUUUUGUCUUCUGGGAAAUUAUUCUUGGACUGCAUUUGGCAUUCCAGCCUCCUAACAGUUUCCUCAAUCCAGGAAUUUACAGAGAAAGGAAUAGGCACAACACCGUACUUUGCUAGGUCUAUUCACUCUCCAUGAUGACUCG